ACUAAUCACUAUCUAAUCACUCAAUCAUCAACUGAAGCACCUACUUAAUACAAACACUUUUGAAAAAUCAAUCACAGUCGUAAUGAUUCUUCUCCUUGCCUUUUCUCUAUCGAUAUUUGCCUUUUCGGAGGCGUCAAAAUGGGAGAACGUGACCAUUGCAGUGGUGGAAUACAAGCCGAUCCUCGACAGCUCGUUAAAUGAGCCCGAAAUAGUGGCCAAAAACGCGCAAAAAUACAUCGAGAUUAUAACAAAUGUGGCAAAAGACAGAAAUUUAGACCUAAUUGUGUUUCCCGAAGAGACGCUCUAUGUCCAUCGCGAAACAGCAGUUACCAUCAAAUUAGACAAUCCGUGUGAUUCUGACACUUAUCCCCAAUUUCUGAGGAACCUUUCUUGCGCAGCUCGGUCAUCACACACUUACCUGGCCCUAAACUUGGUCGAUAAAGUAAAAUGCGAUCAAUCACAAACUAAUUCAAGCAAGAAUUGUAAAAAUUCUGGCUUUUUCUACUAUAAUACUGACGUUGUUUUUGACCGGAACGGCACUAUUGUUAAUCGUUACCACAAAUAUAAUCUUUUUGGGGAACGGGAAAUGGACAAGCCUGAGACGGCCGAAGAAAUCGUGAUUGAAACCGAUUUCGGGCUCAAACUUGGCAUUUUCACCUGUUUCGAUAUUUUGUUUAAAGCACCAGCCCAGGAGUUGCUCAAGGAUGGGAUCGAUGGGGCGAUUUACCCCAGCAUGUGGUAUUCGGAGCUACCCUUCUUAACUGCUAUGCAGACUCAGGAAAUGUGGGCAAGUCGCCACAACACCACUCUGUUGGCUGCCGGUGCCAACAGCCCUCUUGUUGGAAGUGGAGGAAGUGGGGUUUACCGUGGAGCUCAAGGUUUAGUGGUGGGUGGAAUUGUGGCAGAGGGUGGUACUCAAGUUUUCGUGUACCAAGGUGAUAAAAGCGUUUCGGAAACGCAAGACGUGGACGAAUUGGCCAAAAAAAUGGACGCGUUUAACUUACAAAUAGAUAACAGUUUAGAAAAUUACAGAUGGGAGGUGGUGAACACCUCGCAACGGAACUACUACAACGUUCUUUGUGCGGGUGAUGACGACAAUACAGUUUGUUGCCACUACUCCCUCACAAUGUCCAUGGACGCAAUUAAACCAGAAAUGAAACAUUACACUUAUAUUUUAGUAGCGUAUGCUGGGAUUCGUUCGUAUACAGGAGUUUACAAUGGUGGUAUCGAAGUUUGCGGUGUUAUCGCUUGUUUGAACUCGUCUAUAUCGUCCUGUGGUCAAAGAUUUUCGAAUUAUGACGAAAUUCAAUGGCCUUUGACGUUUGAAAGUAUCGCAGUUAGUGCGAAAUUUGUAAAAAGUGAGAAUAGGACGCAGUUUCCCAACUCACUUUUGAGUUCCAUUCGACCGAUUGAUUCAAGUGAGACGUACUGGGUUGAAAAGGAAGUGGAAGUGAAUGGAACUGUUUUUGAGGAGAAGCAAUUUGCAACAAAUGUGGAUCAGAAAAGGCUGUUGACGUUUGCAAUUCUUGGAAGGAAUUUUGAUUUGGAUUCACCUGCUGAUAGUGACGAUGACGAUGAUUCUAAUCACUCAAGUGGGAACUUAUCAGCGGCGUGGAUUCUAUUGUGUUGCUCGUUAUUAAUUUUAUGUAAAAUAAAAUAAAAUACUUGAGACGA